ACCACGUUGUUUGGACAUCGAAGUUGCUCAUGUGCCUUGAACUGUUUAACAUUGGUUUUGUACAUCUUUUCUUCAGGAAAAAUGCCGCAAAAACUGAAAUUCACAGAUGGGGAACGGGUUCUAUGUUAUCAUGGUCCUUUGAUGUAUGAAGCAAAGUGCUUGAAAGGAACAAUGAAAGAGAAAAUGCCGAGAUACUUUAUCCAUUAUAAUGGCUGGAAUAAAAACUGGGAUGAAUGGGUGCCAGAAACCAGAGUUCUCAAGUAUUGUGAGGCAAAUCUAUUGAAGCAAAAAGAACUACGGGAGCAAAAUUUGAAAAGUAAGAAAGCAAGAAAAAAAAUUGAAAAAGGAAGUGAUGUGUUGGAGAAGCCUCACAAACGUGAUGGGUCCUCUGACAGUCAAACAAGAAGGAAAAGGUCACGUCUAACUAAUAGCGAAAAUGAUGACAGUUUUCUACCACGUUUAGAUAUUAGGAUAGCAAUCCCACAAGAACUUCAACACUGGCUUGUUGAUGACUGGGAUUUGAUAACAAGACAAAAACAACUAGUUCCUUUACCAAGGAAAAAGACAGUACAUCAUAUUUUGCAGGAUUAUGUCCAGUCUGUGGUUGAUAAUCCUAAUGGUGUUCGUCCUGGUGUGGCUGAAGAAAUGACUCGGGGUAUAAAGGAAUAUUUCAAUGUCAUGCUUGGUACCCAACUUCUGUAUAAAUUUGAACGACCACAGUAUGGUGAUCUUUUGAAUGAUUCACCAAACAAAUCCAUGUGUGAAAUAUAUGGAGUAGAACACCUACUACGCUUAUUUAUUCGACUCGGUAGUGCCUUGUCAUAUUCAAACUUUGAUGAGAAGAGCAUGCAGUUUGUUGUUUCAUGCAUACAAGAUUUCCUAAGCUAUCUUUGUAGAGAAGCUGAUGCAUUAUUUAGUCUAGAUUAUGUGAAUGCAACACCGGAGUAUCAUAGAAGGGCAACAACUUGAUACCAAUCACAGAAGCAACUUGAAAUGAUCUGGUAGUUAUUGUCAAUGUUCAUUUCGUUCAAUAUGCUAUUAUUUAUAUUGUAAUUUUCUACAAAUAAGUGUAAUUUUCCAAGAAGUUAAUAAAGAAGAUUG